UAAUGAAGCUACAUGUCAUCAGGGUUAUUCUGGAUUAAAGACAUUUUCUAAGAAUAAUUUACAUUUUUAAUAAAACUGAGGAGCAGGAUCUAUAUAUAGUUCAGUGUUUUAACAAUCAUUUGUUUCUUCAUAGUUUUGCAGCAAAUGUUUGAUAAUUAGCAGUAAAAUGAUCAGAACCAGGAGAUUCUUGUUUUUAUUAUUUUUACCGUUUGUGUGGGCUGAUAUUAAAGUGUCUGAGACCAGCAUGUCCUGUGUUCUCAACCAGGACUGCAUUUUACCAUGUCGGUUCAGGAACGAGAUUACUGACAUGAGAUGGUUUCUAUAUAAAACAUCGCCUCUGAUUGUAUCAUAUGACCAUCGUGGCUCCAGCUACUCUGAGAGCUUCAGAUCCAGAGCGUCACUGUUUGAGGAUCAGAUCUCCAGAGGAAACGGCGACCUGCUGCUGAGAGGAGUGAAGGUUGAUGAUGAGGGAGAAUAUGAGUGCACUGCAAAGAUAAAUGGCAGCUAUUAUAGACAUUAUAGUGACCUUACAGUAGAAGUUCCAGUCUCUGACAUCAGAAUCCAUCAGGAUGGAAACAGGAUCACCUGCAGCUCAGAGGGGAUCUACCCUCAACCUGAACUCACCUGGUCCACUGAGCCUCCAUCCAACACGACUCUGCAGAACAGAACCACAGUCCAUCAGACUGAGGAGAAGCUUUAUGACAUCAGCAGCUCUCUGACGGUUCCAGACGGUUCUGAUCGGAUCUACAGCUGCACCAUCAGAACCAGGAGGAACCAGAGGAGAGCAACUUUAACUAGAGCAGUGUCUGAGACCAGCAUGUCCUGUGUUCUCAACCAGGACUGCAUUUUACCAUGUCGGAUCAGGAACGAGAUUACCAACAUGAAAUGGGAACGUCAAUAUCCAAGGUCUCUGAUUGUAUCAUAUAACCAUCGAGGCUCCAGAUACUCUGAGAGCUUCAGAUCCAGAGCGUCACUGUUUGAGGAUCAGAUCUCCAGAGGAAACGGCGACCUGCUGCUGAGAGGAGUGAAGGUUGAUGAUGAGGGAGAAUAUGAGUGCACUGCAAAGAUAAAUGGCAGCUAUUAUAGACAUUAUAGUGACCUUACAGUAGAAGCUCCAGUCUCUGACAUCAGAAUCCAUCAGGAUGGAAACAGGAUCACCUGCAGCUCAGAGGGGAUCUACCCUCAACCUGAACUCACCUGGUCCACUGAGCCUCCAUCCAACACGACUCUGCAGAACAGAACCACAGUCCAUCAGACUGAGGAGAAGCUUUAUGACAUCAGCAGCUCUCUGACGGUUCCAGACGGUUCUGAUCGGAUCUACAGCUGCACCAUCAGAACCAGGAGGAACCAGAGGAGAGCAACUUUAACUAGAGCAGUGUCUGAGACCAGCAUGUCCUGUGUUCUCAACCAGGACUGCAUUUUACCAUGUCGGUUCAGGAAUCGGGUCACCAACAUGACAUGGGAGCGUGAAAAAUCUCUGAUUGUAAGUUAUGACCAGGGUAACAUCAGAUACUCUGAGAGCUUCAGAUCCAGAGCGUCACUGUUUGAGGAUCAGAUCUCCAGAGGAAACGGCGACCUGCUGCUGAGAGGAGUGAAGGUUGAUGAUGAGGGAAGAUAUCGGUGUCACGUAUUUACAACUGGGAUCUAUUAUAGACAUUCUGUUGUCCUUGCAGUAGAAGCUCCAGUCUCUACAAUCAACAUCCAUCAGGAUGAAAACAGGAUCAUCUGCAGCUCAGAGGGGAUCUACCCUCAACCUGAACUCUGGUGGGAACAUCGGUUUUCAUCCAACACGACUCUGCAGAACAGAACCACAGUCCAUAAGACUGAGGAGAAGCUUUAUGACAUCAGCAGCUCUCUGACGGUUCCAGAUGAAGAUCCAGGUUUGAUGUACCGCUGCACCAUCAGAACCAGGAAGAACUGGAGGACAGCAUAUCUAAAUGAUCUAGACAUUGUAACCAACAUGCCCUGUGUUAUUAACCAGGACUGCAUUUUACCAUGUCAGUUCAAGAACGAGAUUACUGACAUGAGAUGGGAACGUGUAGAUCCAGAGUUUGUGAUUGUAUCAUAUGACCAUCGUGGCUCCAGCUACUCUGAGAGCUUCAGAUCCAGAGCGUCACUUUUUGAGGAUCAGAUCUCCAGAGGAAACAGCGACCUGCUGCUGAGAGGAGUGAAGGUUGAUGAUGAGGGAGGAUAUGAGUGCACUGCAAAGAUAAAUGGCGUCUAUUAUAGACAUUAUAUUUUCCUUCCAGUAGAAGCUCCAGUCUCUACAUUCAGAAUCCAUCAGGAUGGAAACAGGAUCACCUGCAGCUCAGAGGGGAUCUACCCUCAACCUGAACUCACCUGGUCCACUGAGCCUCCAUCCAACACGACUCUGCAGAACAGAACCACAGUCCAUCAGACUGAGGAGAAGCUUUAUGACAUCAGCAGCUCUCUGACGGUUCCAGACGGUUCUGAUCGGAUCUACAGCUGCACCAUCAGAACUCAGUUGAAGUAUACCGGGACAAAAUGGUGGAGAGCAACUUUAGCUGAACCAGGAGCUGAAGUUACAAUCUGCUGCACAUCUUCAGAUUAUUAUGGAACCAGUUUGGUCUGGAGGUUCAACCACCAUCAGAUCAUCCUGACCAAGACUGACAGAAACAUCUCCAACAUCUCAGAGGAGUGGAGGAAACAUGUGAGGAAUGUUUCAGCGUCCGGCAGCCUCACCUUACAGGAUGUGACCUCAGAUCAGGAGGGAGUUUACAGCUGUGAGCUCAGUGGUGGUGAGGAGACGAUUAUAACUCACCUCUAUCUGAGGAGGACUGGAGAGAAUCUGGUGGUUCCUGAACUCAUCAGACGGACGGUGGUUUGUGUUGUGAUUGCAGCAGCAGCAGCUGGAUUCAUAAUGUUCUACAAGAAGAAAAUGGAGGAAAGUGAAGCUCUGCAGCUUUAACCCUUUCAUUCACAUUCAGAGAGUGGUUUUGUUUUAAUGCCAUUCUCACAUUUUACCCGUCAAGAUGAUUCAUGAGCUUUGAUGUAGUUUCACAAAAUGAUCAGCUCUUCAUGUUCUUCAGGUGAUUCUCAUGUUUGGAGACAUUUCUGUUUUUAUUUUUAUGAUGAUUUCAUCUCCUGCCCAGCAGGGGGCGCAGCUAAAUAUAUUCUUUAUAUUCUACCAGCUAAACUUUCUCAGAACUUUAUCAUUAAAAUGUUUAUUUCUGUAGAAAAUGAAUUUUUUAUACAUCAGUUGCUGACUUAUGAGCUUUUAUGAUUUAUAUGCUUCAUGUAGUUUUACAAUAUUAGUUCUUCAUAUUCUUUAGUUAUUCAUCACAUUUGUACAUAUUUCUGUUUAAUCUAAAUGUGUAGAUUUUACUGUGUUUUCAUCUCCUGCCCAGCAGGGGGCGCAGCUAAAUA